AUGUCACAGGCUCUUGAUCGGGAAAUAACAAAUCUUUACUUGCAAGAUGAAACGAUCUAUCGCCGCGUAACAGAGAAAGAAUUCCUUGUGCAGUGCAAACGCUUGAAUCAUGUAUGGAUGUCUAUGGGGAAAUCUGCUGGUCUAGAUGAACGAUUUGUAAGCUGCCUAAAGCUUGACAAACCGACCUGCCCUGUGUUCUAUAGCCUCAUCAAAACGCAUAAGCUGAAACCCGAUGAGAUCAACUCAAAAUCAGCGGCAACAUUCAAAAUCCGACCAGUAAUAAGUUGUGUGGGAAGACCAACGGAUCGAAUUUUGUGGUUCCUUAAUAAAGUCGUGAGUCAAAUUUUGCCUAAAACACCAUCUCAUUUGUCGAACACGCACCAUUUCCUUGAGCGAUUACGCCUGCGUAAUAGAGUCCUUUGA